AUGAUUAUAAAUACCAUCAUAUUCAUAUAUUUUGUCUAAAGUUUGGCUAAUUACUAUGGAACAGCUUAACCAGAUAUCCAAUAAAUAAUUAAACUAAACUUUACCUAAAAAGUGAACAGUCUUAUCAUCAAGUUCUACAAAAGAGAAAAUGAUGUACUUUGCCUGGUGUCGUAAAAUGAUUUGGGUUUAACCAAAUUAAGUGAUUUAGACCUAGGUUAUAAUCCAAAAGGACCAGAGGUUUAUGAUUAUCAAAGUUACAAGGCUAACAGUGAGUAUCAACUAAUCCAAAUUGCUUAUGUAGCGAUGAUCUAUAUGAAAUGUUUUCAACUAAAUUAAAAUCAACAAUAACUUAUCAGUAUAGAAAUCUAUUAUUCUGAAAACUAAUUUAUAUAAGGAUGCACAAAUGAUUGUGAUGGCUAUAAUUAUCCUGAAAUUUCGAAUUCUAUUUGCGUAUCACAAUAGUGCCAUUGUUUAGAAGGAACAUUUGGAUAAUAUUGCUAAUUUCAAUCUGCAUAAAUAUCAAGCAAUAUUCUUACAACCUUUACAUUAGAUACACAUAAAUGGAAAUAUUUUCAAUACUAGUUCAGUUCUAUUGAUAUCAAUCUAUUUUCUUAAAAUGUAGAAGAAGAAUUAUAUUAUAGCUUUGUAUUAAAGUAAAAUCCUUAAUUGAAAAUUCCAAACUUGAAGGAGAGCCAGAAAUUAAUAUCAUUUAAUAAUAUUUAAUAAGAAUUAAAGAAUUAAUAAACUACUGUUUAUGUUGAUGUAAUUUAUAUAGGAUUGUACAAUAAUUAAUCCAAAUCCCUCAAUAUCCAAUUUAAGAUUAUCACUAAUGAUACAGAAGAUGAAAGCACUUUUGAAAGAAAUAAAAUAGUUAUUAUUGUCACGGGAUGUGUUGUUGGAGCAUUAUUGUUAUUUGCUUUUGGUUUAUCAGCUCUCAAAUCUCGAUAAUAAAGAUAGUUUCAAUAAUAAAUACAAGAGGCCAUACGAAGAAAUCUAAACCAAGUCCAUAAUUUGGAUUAAUUGCAAGCGUAAAGUCCAGAACGCUAACUUCCUUAAAUCAAUCAUAAAGGUUUCUCGUUAAGGUUUAUAAAAGAUCAUUUUAAAGGACAUUCCUAUGAAAAGAUAAUUAAAGCAUAUCCAGGCUUAUCACAAUUUGAGGAAUGUGUUGUGUGUUUAGAAUAAAUGAAGAAAGCUGCUACAAAGUAAUAAAAGAUUUGUUCUGUAACUCCUUGUUUUCAUAUUUUUCAUUGCAUGUGUUUAGAAGAGUGGUUGUUAAGAUAGAAAAAUUGUCCAUUUUGUAGAACUGAGUACAACAGAAAAAAGAUAAUCAAAGAUUACCCUUGGUUGGAAGUUAACACUCUCAGAGUGAACAAUACAGAUUCGACUUAUUUAAGUCGCAUGAAAAAUAACUAAGAAACUGUUAAUGAAAGUUAAAUUGAAUUUGUAAAGCAUUAACCUGAAGAAUAAUAAUAAACAAACUAAAUGGAAGUAAUUAGUGAAUAAUGA